AUACAACACAACCAACACAUCUUUAGCAUAAACAUAAAUUAUGUAGUACGUGGUUGCUAUGAGAAACUCCAAUGAAGGCGUCCUUCUACUAUCUAUUCACUUUACCACAAUGGUCCCUCUGUUACGGAAAAACACCAAAAGUGCGAAGCUACCGGAUGGUUUAUCUGCAGUACUUCGAUUACCUCAGCCAUUUCCUGUCCCGACAUAGCAACGAAAAAGGCGUUCUUCCGAUUCGUGUGGCAACAAAGUAAGGAGUGAGACAUGGCAGUUAAGCUAUACAGUUUUGCUUUACCGUUGCUGUAGUGCAUGUAGUCUUUGGUUUAAUUUUCAUGCACAACUGUCUGAAAACACGUUAACUGUUUCGUUGCUCAUAAUGAUGGAAAACGUACACUUGGCACCAGAGGAUGCUGACGACCUUUAUUCAGGCUACAAUGACUACACUCCAACUUACGACACUGAGGACCUGGACAAUGAUAUGGCCUUCCAGCAAGCUUUGCAAACUAGCUAUGGAAGAAGACCUCCAGUGACUGCUAAAUUUCCAGGUACAGCAGCAGCAGCCAGACCUUUGGGUACAGGAUACGGGGCUAGAAUACCACUAGCAUCAUCAAUGGGACGACCAGUGACCGGAGCUGUACAGGAGGGAGCUGCUCGACCAAUGACAGCUGUGCGUGCUGCUGGCUUCUCCUCAAAAGCAUUACGAGGGACAGCAUUUGAUCCACUUGGGCAGUCAAAAGGACCUGCUCUUCCUUUAGAAAUGAAGAAUGAAGACUCUCCAGAAGAGAAGAUUAAACAACUAGAGAAGAAAGUUAAUGAACUAAUUGAAGAGAGCUGCAUAAGCAGUAGUCGUGGAGAGUUACGGCUGGCAUUGGAAAAGGCAAAAGAAGCAGGAAGAAAGGAAAGAGUACUUGUGAGACAACGAGAUCAAGCUUCAUCUGCUGAUCACAUCAACCUAGAUUUAACAUACUCUGUCCUCUUUAAUUUAGCAAGUCAGUACUCUGCUAAUGAAAUGUAUGCUGAAGCACUAAACACGUAUCAAGUAAUAGUAAAGAACAAGAUGUUCAGCAAUGCAGGAAGACUAAAGGUGAAUAUGGCAAACAUUUAUUUCAAGCAAAGGAACUAUCCUAAAGCAAUAAAAUUCUACCGUAUGGCUUUGGAUCAGAUCACAAGUGCACACAAAGAACUGAAGAUUAAAGUAAUGCAGAAUGUUGGAGUGGUAUUUAUAAAGAUGGGUCAAUACUCAGAUGCUAUCACUUCUUUUGAACACAUCAUGAGUGAAAGCCCAAACUUGAGGACUGGGUUCAACCUGAUCCUGUGCUAUUUUGCAACUGGAGAUCGUGAGAAAAUGAAGAAAGCCUUUCAGAAGCUUCUAGCAGUUCCACUGGGGAUCGAUGAUGAGGACAAAUACAUUGUACACAAUGAUGAUCCCCACACAAACCUAGUGAUAGAAGCUAUUAAGAAUGAUCAUCUAAGGCAAAUGGAACAGGAAAGAAAAGCACUGGCAGAAAGGUUUAUCAUGACAGCAGCGAAACUGAUCGCACCAGCCAUUGAAACCUCCUUUGCUGCUGGUUAUGAUUGGUGCGUUGAAAUGGUAAAAACAUCUCAGUACGUGGAGCUUGCAAAUGACCUUGAAAUAAACAAAGCUAUUACUUAUUUAAGACAAAAAGAUUUCAACCAGGCUGUGGAAACUCUAAAAAUGUUUGAGAAAAAAGAGAGUCGGGUCAAAAGUGCAGCUGCAACCAAUCUCUCUUUUCUUUAUUUUCUGGAAAAUGAAAUUGUGCAGGCAGACAGUUAUGCUGACGUGGCAAUAAAUUCUGACCGGUACAAUCCUGCAGCGCUUACAAAUAAAGCAAAUAUAUUAUUCACAAGUGGCGACUAUGAAAAAGCUGCAGAGUUUUUUAAAGAAGCACUUGCAAAUGAUUCCUCCUGCACUGAAGCUCUUUAUAAUCUUGGUCUGACAUACAAGAGGUUAAGCAGGUUGGAAGAUGCUUUGGAUUGUUUUCUAAAAUUACAUGCCAUCCUAAGGAACAGUUCACAAGUGGUCUACCAGAUAGCAAACUUAUAUGAAAUAUUAGAGGACCCUGGCCAAGCCAUUGACUGGCUAAUGCAGCUAAUUAGCCUAGUUCCAACAGAUUCACAAGUACUGGCAAAGUUAGGAGAGCUGUACGACAAUGAAGGAGACAAGUCACAAGCAUUUCAGUACUACUUUGAGUCGUACAGGUAUUUCCCUUCAAACAUUGAUGUCAUUGAAUGGUUGGGAGUCUAUUACAUUGAAACGCAAUUCUGUGAAAAAGCUGUUCAGUAUUUUGAGAGAGCUGCACUUAUACAACCAUCUCAAGUGAAAUGGCAAUUAGCAAUAGCUAGCUGUUACAGAAGAAGUGGAAACUACCAGAAGGCAUUGGACACAUACAAGAACAUUCACAAAAAGUUCCCAGAAAAUGUUGAAUGUUUACGAUUCUUGGUUCGCUUGUGCACUGAUCUUGGAUUAAAAGAAGUUCAAGAAUAUGCCACAAAGUUGAAGAAAGUAGAAAAAAUGAGAGAGAUGCGAGAACAGCGAGUAAAGUCUGGCAGUGCACGUGGUCGCAGAGAAGGCAGUGCUGGUAGUGAUAGUGGACAAAGUAAUCAAAGCACCAGUGCUAAAGGGGAGCGUGUAAGUGCCAAGCUAAGAUCUCUACCUGGGGUUAAUGAGCCAUAUGAAGCUAGCAGUAAUAAGGAAAUAGAUGCCUCUUAUGCGGAUCCAUUGGGCCCACAAAUUGAAAGACCAAAAACUGCUGCCAAGAAACGUGCUGAAGAAGAUGAUUUUGCAGAUGAAGAGUUGGGGGAUGAUUUGCUUCCAGAUUAAGCAUUUUUGCUCACUUAAAAGUUGCAUAAACUUCAUGUUGCAAAACAUAUACUUCAAAGUAAUUUAUUUCAGCACCUCAUUUGUGAUGCAGUUUAUUUACAAAAAUGUUAUUAAAUUGUAUUUUUUAAACACUACUGCAUGGAAAUUAAUGUGCUAUUUUGGAAUAAUGGCCUACACCCACUAAGUCGGAACACAAGGCAUACCCAAAAGCUUUAAUCACCUAAGAAGGGCUGUAAUCUCAUGAUAUCACAUUCAUGUGGUGUAUCUCAUUUCACUUGUGAAAUGGGUAAUUUUUGUACAUUUUAUACAUUGUAUGCAUCUUUUAAUAUGUUACUUCCAGCUAGUCCAUUGUGCUAAGCCCAAGUGAUAUCUAGUUUGAAGAAAUGAUAUUUAUCCUGUAGUUGUGUAAUAUUUAUGUACUCUGUAUAUUUUGUUUGUAUAUGUAAUAACAUUAAAUUGUGUUUACUGA